AUGUCCGAAGGGGGGGCAACUUGCGUUUUCAUCAAGAAAAAAAGAAGGACAGCUACGCGUGCCAAAGAAGGUCCGAACAGCUCAAUUUAUAUGUUUGUAGACUCAUCAAGUGGUGAUGAUGACGUUAGGAUUGUGAGAAAAAAGGAGCGUGUGGGGUCGAAUCCGUUGAUCCAGCAGACUGUGUACUUCGCUGGGAAACGAAAAACGGGCCUGGAUGAAGAGUCUGAUGAUGAUCUGACUAGUGUAGCAUUCAAGGCUGACUACAAUGCGACUCAAAGCGGACCGAAGGACCAAAGAGCAACUGCGACUCUGGAAAUCGAUACUGAGACGUCGCAUGAUGCUCAGGCGCUCUUCAUCAAAUCCCAAGAAAUCAACAAGGAGGUGAAAUCGAACCAAGACAAGGUUUAUCGAGGAAUAAACAAUUAUGCUCAAUAUCUUGAGAAGAAAGAUACUGUGAUGGGCAACGCGGCGAGCGGCUUCAAUCGAAAGGGUCCCAUGCGCGCACCAGCGCACCUGCGAGCUACUGUGCGAUGGGACUAUCAGCCGGAUAUUUGCAAGGACUACAAAGAAACAGGUUUCUGUAGUUUCGGUGACAGCUGCAAAUUCCUACACGACCGGUCAGAUUACAAGCACGGUUGGCAGCUGGAGCAAGAAUUUGCUGAGGGCACCUAUGGCAUUGAGGGCAAUGAUGACCGUUACGAAAUCAAAUCUGAUGAAGAUGAAGAUGACGAUUUACACCUCCCUCUCAAAUGCAUCAUCUGUCGUGAGGACUUCAAGGAUCCGGUUGUGACGAGUUGUAAGCACUUCUUCUGUUCGGCGUGUGCGUUGAAGCGAUUGAAGAAAACGACCCGGUGUUACGCCUGCACUGAGGAUACGAAAGGCGUCUUCAAGAUGGCUAGGGACCUCCUUUCCCGCAUCGCCGCCAUCAAGGCCAAGCAGAAGCAUCGAGGGCAGCCCGAAGAGGAUGAAGACGGUGAGCACAAGGAUCACCACGGCGAUGGCUGCUGUUCUCAUUCCUACUCGAUCACCAAUGCCCACGGCGAGCAUUACAUUAGCUCUUCCGAUCUCGAAGACGAGUCAGAUAAUGAUGGCAGGAAGGAGUCAAAGACGAAUACCGUCUUCCCCACCCUCACCCGUCUAGAAGGAGCCAAACCCGAAGCCGAGGACUAUUACAACUUACUGGGUUGUGAGGCGACAGUGGAUGCGGCCAAGUUGAAAGCGGCGCUGCGGGCACAACAGCUGAAAUGUCAUCCGGACAAGUGCGUGGGUCUGGCGGCAGAAGAGCGGGCAAAGCGACGAGCACGCUUUGAGGCGUUGGGACGCGCUUGGUGUGUCCUCGGCGAGGCGGAAAGCCGACGGCGCUAUGACGCUGCGCUGCGUCAAGCGCGUCUACAGGAGGCUGCGUCCGCACCCCUUCACUGUACCAUUUCCUGGGCUGACUUCAAGGCUAGUCACACUAAUGACGCCGACAAUGAUGUCCACACUGCUAUCGAUCCUUCUGAAAUAUAUAUGGCGCCCUGUCGGUGCGGCGGCGAAUUCAUUCUUGAAGGUGUCGCUGCCCUAGCUCAAGUACCCUACGCUCACUGCUUCCAGUGCUCCCUCGUUGCCCUUGUCUCCUAUCCUCCCUCUGAGGAGUCGAAAGAAGCAGACAAGGGGCCAUUCCAAGCAUCAAGGGCGGAUUUCGACACAACUCGCCGGCGGAAAGCACUUUGUUUGAAGAACGCUCUCACUAUUGUGGAGCGGUUUGGUAUGAAUCCCGUUUCUGAAGAAAUGGUUGCAAUUGCACUGCCUUGGCUGGAGCGCGAGCAGUACGAUGACAUCCCCGUUGAGCGCAUCGGUUACGGUAACUGCGGCUACCCCCUCUGUCCAAAACCCGCGUCGGCAACACAGUUUAAACAGCAGUAUCGCAUCUCUGUCGCCAGACGUCGUGUCUACGAGGUUGGCGAUCGAAAGUACUUCUGUUCUGACUGGUGCUAUCGUGCGUCAUGCUACCUGCGCCGUCAAAUCCCCACAGAGCCGGCGUGGUGUCGACCCCUGCCCACCGGUCCGAUGCUCGGUAUCAAAUUCCUCCCACCCAAUGCGCCCGGUCGACCGGGAAAGACGAUCUUGGAUGCACUUUACCAUCUUCGACUGAACGAUGACAUUCAGAACGAAAGCAAGAAGGAUGAAUUUUCCUCGUCUGAGGAGGAGGGUGAAGGAGGUGACAUGUCCGACAAAGAGGCAGAUACAGGAAGUAGCUCGUCAGAGUUGGAUGAAAAUGUGGAUGAGGUGGAGAAUCGAAGAGUUAAACAGAGCCCCAUACCAUGGAAUGAAACUAUUCCUCAGUUAACUUCGACCGAAUUAACCGAACGGAGGAAUAUGGCUGAAUCCGGAGCCAAGAGCUCACCGAAGCAGAUCACUAUCGAGAGGCGAAAGGUUAGAGAGGAAGUUAAGACCACUCCUGCAGAUAUUGUUCUGGCUCGACUUCAAGAAUGGUUGACGAAGGAGGCUGUGGAGGUCCUAUUCAACAAGGAAUCGUGUACUUCAGCCAUUCCUCAAUCACCAUCUCCACUUUUAUAUGAGAAAAAGCCUCUUCCAGUGGUAAUGCCUCUAGUUGAUUCAGUAUCCCAGCGCAGCUACCGUCUCCGCCUGUUGGUGGAGUCCCUUUUGCCGAGUUUGAAGAAGAUACUAUUUCGCUUGGAGGUCCCUUUGCCAUCGGUGUAUGAGAAGCUGCAGAACGUGGUGGCCAAAUUCAACCUCACGAGCAAGAACCUACACCUGCGGCCACAUGAAGCCAGUCUUACGUGCCUCUGUCUGCUUCACCUCCUUGGGAACGAUGACAACCUUUACCCGCAUGAUCGUCUGGUCGAGAUGGUCGCCACCUUUGACGGUGCCAGUGACAACGCAGAAGGCUUUCUCGCCAGCAUUGCAGAGUUGGCCUGCAAGCUCCAUGAGGAAAGCCUCAAUUCCCCAUCUUAA